CACCCGCAGCAGCAGGACCGCUCGGCUUUAUUGUUCAUAUUCCUGCGGGAAGGCAGCGGCGGCAGCGGGUCCGUCGCCGCCGCCAUUUUGCCCCCGCUCCCUUCCCCGCCCCGCUCCCCCCUCACGUCCCGCCGGAAGUGGCGCGCGCCCGCCCCAUCGUGCACCGCGAGCGCGGCCACGCGCGCCGCCCGCACCGAGCCGCCGUCCGCGCUGCCAGGCCGGGCCGGGGUGCAAUGGCAGCCUCCUCCUCAUCCUCCUCGGCCGGAGGGGUCAGUGGCAGCUCCGUGACAGGCUCGGGGUUCAGCGUCUCAGACCUGGCGCCGCCCCGGAAAGCCCUCUUCACUUAUCCCAAAGGAGCCGGCGAGAUGCUGGAAGAUGGCUCUGAGAGGUUCCUCUGCGAGUCAGUGUUCAGCUUCCAGGUGGCAUCGACGCUGAAGCAGGUGAAGCACGAUCAACAAGUCGCAAGGAUGGAAAAACUUGCCGGUCUGGUGGAAGAGCUGGAGGCAGAUGAGUGGAGGUACAAGCCAAUAGAGCAGCUCCUGGGAUUCACUCCCUCCUCGGGCUGAGCGUGUCUGGAUUGCUGCUGUCAGGGAGCAAAAGAAAAACAUUCCCUGGCCUGGCUUCAAAACACCCCCCAUCAUUUAUCAGAUGCUAACAGCUGCAUCGGCAAGAUGGGGCUUUGGGUUUUUUUGAGAGUGGGGAUCCCCCGUGAAGCUGCCAAUAAACGGAAAUGACGGGAUUCUCUAGGUCCUUACAGGCUGGCAGGGCUUGGUUUCUGUAACUUAGAAGGCAGGAUGAGCUGUGCAGCCCUCGGAGAAUCUCCGUGUUGUUUACAGAGGAGGGCACAGGGACAGCGUGGCUGCGGGGUUCCCGCUGGAGCGCAGCCGGGGCGCUGGGUGAGCGGGGAAUCCCUCUGGAGCAAGUGCCAGGAGCUCCUCAGCCCCAGCUGUCCUGCUGGGGGAUGGACACAAACUGUCCUGGGGUCGGGUGAGGGGCCAGGCGGUGUCACCUCCUCCAGCAGUGCCUCAGCCACUGCCCGAGCCAUUCCCCCUUCAUGGCCGUUUCUCUGGUAGCGCUGGCAGGGCGCUGCUCUGUCUUUAAUACCCUGAAACUUUGUCCUCUUUGUUCUGUAUUAGAUUUCUCUGUGACAAUAAAACUACUCUGAAACUCUUUA